AUGGCUCUUCUACCCUGGGAUGGUCCAUUCGGCAAUACCAUCAAAGCCCCGAGCUUCCAUACAUGGCCAUUUGUACCCGAUCCCAAGGACUCGGCGGUUCAGCGCUUGGUCACGGAUUCGCACAAUGAGAAAGCCCGCUGUGAAAACUCAGUUGCGUUGCAAGAGAUUAUAUCCGUGCUGAGAUUUCUUCCGACGAUCAAGAAGUUGCUUCAUGAUUACUUCCUGCUUAUACAUACUGCACUCGUGCCGAAGCCUAUCGUUUUACAACUCCUGGAUCUGGUUUGCACUAGCCUCACUGAAUCCGGAUAUCUGGGGGAGGAAUCCGAUUUUCUCAUCAAUCUUUACGAUACUUCUCGAUUGGCUAAGCAGAUUCUAUAUUCCUCCACGUUCGAGGUAUCUGUCUCGCCAACUAUGCAUGUGAAAGACUUCUCUGCGCUAUUCUGCGGAGACAAUUUGCGCGUUGAGACACUGGGCCUAUUAUACACUCUUGCUGCGCGCGCCUCUCUUUACAGCUCUUAUAAUGACGAAAGCCGAGACGACAAAUUCAUCCGGGAGUUGUGUUGGUGUAGCAAUUCGAGUCUACGGCUUGCUCGUGAACUUGCGCCUCAAACAACGGACCCCAUUGGAGAUGCGAGUUUGGGUGUCUGGCGUCGACUUGGUGACCUUGCCACAGACCUAUUCGCACUAGGCCUGAAUCGAGAAGCAACAUACUCUUCCGAAAACAUUCCAUUUUUCCUAGCUGAGGGUCGGAGAAAAACGUUCGUCCGAGCUUAUUAUUUGGACAAGAUAUUUGCGAUGGUGUUCAAUCGCCCGCCUCGAAUCUCAUCUAGACAUGCAGAUUGCAAAUUGCCCCUUGAUCUAUCAGAUUAUGAGAUAUUCGCUGUUACUCUGAAAACGAUAGGCGAUGUCAAGAAAAACCUAACACAAGAUGGCUGGAACACAGACCGGAACUAUAGAGCAGCAACAUGGGCCCGGCUGCGCUAUAUUCUGGGCGAGUUCCGGGAAGAGACGGUGGAAUACCAGAUUCGUUCUACACAGCCGGCAGAUGCUGUGAAGCUCAGAGACCUGUCUGGCCGAUGCCAUAGGGCUUGGUGCAGCCUUCCAGCACAUCUUCUUUACAACCCAGCCUGUUGGACGUCUGAUCUUCCACCAGCAGUCUGCUACAUGCAUGGGAAGGUAUACUUGUCUUACCUUCAUGUUCAUUUCCAGGUCUAUCGCUUGCUUUGCGAGAUGGACUCCUGCUCAUAUCCAGAACUUCUUGAAGUGUCCGCAAAUAUGCUGGAAACAGUUGUUCUCAUGGCGAAUUCGCGCAAUCGCACUUUUUGCUCGCCUCGCGACUUGCCUGGAAUAAUUUUGAUCUAUGGACUGCCUUCUGCAGUAACUCUUAUGGCAGCAUUAGAAGCCAACAUGCGAGAUCCCUCGCAAACUCUUCCACCCAGCCUCAAACCCUCCACAGUUAUUCGGAACCUCUCAGUCCUAGUAUCACAACUAGAGAGUGUCUCCAGCCCUCGCGAGACCAACCAUGUCUAUUGUCUGCAAGCGUCGAAGGCUAUCUCGCGCAAACUUGACUCGAUUUUGGACAGCUCGACAGUUCUCGCACCAAAGGCCGAUAUUUCCAGGCCCCCAAUGGAUGACACAAGCUCUUCAUUUUGUGAGAGGCUAGACUAUCCCAGUCCGGCAGAGGACAUGGACUUUGAUGGCGUUGAUCUUUCUGAACUUGAAAAUCUUGACUUUUCAGCUUGGGUGAUUGACUUUGAUUCAGUGACUGGAACUAGCGAUUGGAAUGCUAUCUGA